UAGAUGCAGCCAUCCCUAGUUGUUGAUUUUCUAUGCGAAAAAGUGAAGCUGGUGUGUAAUAAAUGUGGCCCAACACUUUAGAAAUGGAUUAAGGAAAUGCAGCGCAUUGAUAACUAUUAACUGUUUCGAUAGUAAUUCGAAAAAGGAUAAAAGUCAAGCCUAGUGCUCGCAUGGACUACGAAAAUUUGUCUGUGAAUCUAGGCGGAGGGAGCGCUGCGGCCGGCGCUGGAAAUGCGAACGUGAUUGCGAACACAAAUCCGAAUCUAAAUCCGAACGUCGCUGACGUCGAACCGGAGCCCACAAUGUGCGGCAACCAGGAGCAGUUGGAGGUGAAGUCCAAAGAGAAGGCGCGUCGCUAUUGGACGCCCAGCGAGGAGGAGCGGCUCUAUGAGAUCUGGGGCCGGGACAAUUGGCGUCUCACACGCACCGGUAAAAAUACCGUUUAUUUUGGCCAGUGGUCCGAAGAGUUGCGCGAACGCUUCGCCGUGGACGUAAAGCCAGAGGAAAUACAAAUGAAGGUUAAUCAGACAAGAGCUAAAUUUCGUCAGGUGAAAAAACAGCUGCAAACGGAUCCAUCGAGUUUCCCCUUGCGCUGGAAAAAAUAUGAUUUAAUCAAUCGCAUAUUGAAAAACUUACACAGGCCCAAAAAUGCAGAGCCCUUGCCACCAGAGGUGUUACUCAACAAUCGAGAUGUGUCGCCGCCACGCGACGACGAGCAACAGCAACAGCAACAGCAGCAACAGCAACAGCGGCAACAGCAGCAGCAGCAGCAACAACAACAACAACAACAACAGCAGCAAACACACCCGCAGCAACAGUCGGUGCUUAAUUUAACAGCUGAGCCAACGGCCAAUAAUUAUUACAGCAACAACAAUAGCAACAGCAGCAGUAACAAUAUCAACAACAACAAUAGCAACAGUAACAACAACAAUUCAAUGAGCUUCAAUACGGAACUGUUUACGGAUCAGUAUGAUGAUAUCAAACAGGAAUACGACGAUGAGGACUAUCGCUCAAUGCCAUUUCAAGAGCGAAUGCAACAGUAUUCACCAGCGGAGCCCGCACAGCUACUGGAGCUGCAAACGCCGCAGCAACUGCAGCAGCAGCAGCAGCAGCAGCAACAACAACAACAACAACAACAACAACAUCAACAGCAGCAGCAGCAACAAUUUCAGUCUGGCUAUGAGCCAGCCAGCUAUGCGAGCGGCUACAACAACAGCAACAGCAACAAUAGCGCCCCAACAUCCAGUAUCAAUCAUCAGGCUAUUACAGCGGUUGCCUACAUCAACAGCACCAACAACACCAUCAGCGUGGCAACAAACAGCAGCAAUGGCGCACACAUGCAGCCGCCAGCACUGACAGCUGCCAGCAGCAACAGCAACAACAGCAACAGCAACAGCAAUGCUGUGGCUACGCCAGUACCGACGCCACGCAAGCGAGGGCGACCCUUUGGCUCCAGCAAUCCGCCGGCGGCCGACUCAUUGGAGUCCAUGUACAUGGAGGAAGUACGUCGUAAGAAUCAAUUGCUAGCAGAGCAAACGAAGAUCUCGCGACAACGCUUGGAGCUGGAGGAGCGCAAGCUGGAGCUGCUGCAGACGUUCUUCCCCAAGUGCCUGGAGCAGCAGGCGCAUAUCUUGGCGCGUGUCAUGCAAUUGCCGCACCUGCAGCAGCAACAGCAGCAACCGCAGCCGCAACCGCCGCCACAGUAAAAACGCGACGAAGC